AACUGCCUUAUUAUCCAUAACUAACAGUUACAGAUCUCACUCUCUCUCUCCUCCUGCCAGUCACAAAUCUAAGAAAAACACAGCACAGAGACACAGAAAAUGGACGGUCUGAUCAAGGGCCUCAUGGACGUGGCGCUCGACCACCUCGGUCAAAAAGACGAUGAAUCCCGCGAUGAACGCUCCAGAUCAUCCUGGGCUGAGGUGGUAUCCGGCGAGGAGCAGGACGAUCGGCAAAGUCAAGCGUAUAAUCGGAACAAUCAGUGGGAAUCACAGAACGAAGGAAGAAGAAAAGAGGGGUGGGAGACCGAGGGUUCGAGACGACCCCAAAAGGCCAUGAAUGAAGGGUAUGGAAGAAAUGAAGGUGUAGAAGAGCAACAUGAUUAUGGCCCGAACCAUUGGAAUAGGAAGGAGGAUGGAGGAGAGAGUAAUGAUGGUUGGGAGACCGUGGGGAAAAAACAUCCUCAACGACCACACAAGAUCCAGAUGGAUCAAUGGAAUGGAUACAAAAGACCACCGAGUGAACAAGAAUACUCUAAUGAGGUUGAAGAGAGUGCAGGAAUAGGACCUACAAAAGAGGAGCUCGCUGACUUGUCACAAGCUUGCAACAGGCUCUGGGAACUUGACAGAAACCGUUUGGCUCCUGGCAAGGAUUAUCGGAUUGAUUGUGGGGAGGGGAAGAAGGUCUAUGAGAAAGAAGAUAUGGCACAAGAAAGCUUAUUUAGCUGGCUGAGUGAUGAUGUACUUAGGAGGCCAACUUUUUCUCGUUUCUGUUCACUUCUGGACAAUUAUAAUCCAAAUCAAGGGAGCAAAGAAGUUAUUACAUCUGAAGAGAGGCAAGAGCAAGCUGCUUUUAUAGAAGAAAUUAGUAGAACUGCACCGAUUAAGUAUCUUCACAUGUAUCUUGCAUCCAAAGGCAUUGUAUCUGAAAAUUACCAAGAUUUUAAAAGAAUAUUGACUAGUCUCUGGUUUGAUUUAUAUGGUCGAGGUGGUACAUCCAGCUGCUCUUCUGCUUUUGAGCAUGUUUUUGUGGGAGAAAUUAAGCAACGUGGGGAACAAGAAGUUUCUGGCUUUCAUAACUGGCUUCAGUUCUACCUGGAAGAAGCGAAGGGGGCUGUUGAUUAUCAAGGUUAUAUUUCUCCUCGGAGAGGUGGACAGAUUCCUGACUCAGAGAGCCAGGUGCUUACAAUCCAGUUUGAAUGGAAUGGAGUUCUGAAAUCUGUGUCAAGCACCUUACUUGGAGUGAGUCCAGAGUUUGAAAUCGCGUUGUAUACUCUCUGUUUCUACGUGGGUGGAGAAGAUAAUUACGUGGAGCUGGGACCUUAUCCUGUUAACAUCAAAUGCUACCGCUUCGGAGAUAGAAUUGGGUCUGUGUUUCCCGUAGCGUAGCGUUGAAUUUAGAUUUCUCGAAGUAGGCUACAUGAAUGUGCCCGAAAAUUCUUAUGAAAAAAUUGUAUGAUGGAAACCAGUUUUUAAGUAGUCCAAUUGUCUCUAAUAAAAAAACGUGAAGACACCUACUGCCAUGUAAAAAACUGGAAUAAUUACAGACAGGAUUGUACUUAACAUGGCUUUCAGAUUCAACCAUGAUGUGUUCUAGUGUUACAAA